AUGGCAGAUCCAUCACAAUUCGCAGGCAGGUGCGGCAGGCACAGCAGCAGCAGCAACAACAACAACAAAGGCAGAACAUCACCCUGCGCAGGCAGGGGUCGGCAGGCACAACAACAACAACAACCAAUGCGGAACAUCACCCUACGCAGCAAGGGGCAGCAGGCAGAACAACAACAAAGGCAGAACCAUCACGAUUCGCAGGCAGGGGAGGCAGCAACAACAACAACAACAACAACAACAACAACCAAGGCAGAACCUUCUCAAUUUGCAGGCAGGGGCGGCAGGCGCAACAACAACAACAACCAAGGCGUAGCAUCACCCUGUGCAGGUAGGGGCGGCAGGCACAACAACAACAACGAAAGCAGAACCAUCACAAUUCGCAGGCAGGAGCGGCAGGCACAACAACAACAUCAACCAAGGCAGAACCAUCACGAUUCGCAGGCAGGGGUCGGCAGGCACAACAACAACAACAACAACAACCAAGGCGGAACCAUCAUGAUUCGCAGGCAGGGGCAGCAGGCAGAACAACAAUAA